GUUCGGUAGGAUGGUCCUAAGAGUUAAAGUCCGUUGAAUGCAGAAAGACUGAGCGGUCCAUAUGUUUACUGUUUUAUUGAAUAUGAAUAAUCAGAGUGGUUCAUACACGUACAAGUUAACUAAAUAUAAAUUGUCUGGACGGUUCAUUCUUGUUCAGGUUCACUAUAUAUAGAGAGGACGGUCCAUAAAUAUACAAGUUAACUAAAUAUAGACAGGACAGUAUAUAAAUGUACUACAUAUAAAUACGCAGAGCGGUCCAUGCAUGUACACGUUCACUAGAUAUAAAUAGGGAGGACGGUCCAUACGCGUACAAGUUAACUAAAUAUGGAUAGGCAGAACGGUCCAUACACGUACAAGUUAACUGAAUAUAAAUAUGCAUGGCAUUCUUCACACAUACACUAGAGGUUCACUGAAUAUAAAUAGGCAUGACAUUCUUUACACAUACACUACAGGUUCACUAAAUAUAAACAGGCAGGGUUGUCCACACACUUACAAGUUAACUGAAUAUAAAUAGGCAGGGCAUUCUUUACACAUACACUACAGUUUCACUAAAUAUAAACAGGCAGGGUUGUCCACACACUUACAAUUUAACUGAAUAUAGAUAUGCAUGGCAUUCUUUACGCAUACACUACAGGUUCACUGAAUAUAAAUAGGCAUGACAUUCUUUACACAUACACUACAGGUUCACUGAAUAUAAAUAGGCAUGGCAUUCUUUACACAUACACUACAGGUUCACUAAAUAUAAACAGGCAGGGUUGUCCACACACUUACAAGUCUACGGAAUAUAACUAGGCAGGGCAAGAUAUACGCGUCCACGUUCACUGAAUAUAACCAGGCUUAGCGAUGUAUACACGUUCAAGUUAAUUGAAUAUAACUAGACAUAACGAUGUAUACACGUUCACUGAACCUAAAUAGAGAGGGUAUACAAUUUACAAGUGUACUAAACCUCAAUAGGGAGGUCUGUUCAUUCAGUUACAAGUUUACUUAAUCUAGAAAGGCGGGACAUCCAAUACACUUACACUCCUACUAAACGUAAAAAGGCGGGACAGUCAAUACACUUACACACCUACUAAACCUAAAAAGGCGGGACAGUCAAUACACUUACACACCUACUAAACCUAAAAAGGCGGGACAUCCAAUGCACUUACACACCUACUAAACCUAAAAAGGCGGGACAGUCAAUACACUUCCACUCCUACUAAACCCAAAAAGGCGGGACAGUCAAUACACUUACACUCCUACUAAACCUAAAAAGGCGGGGCAGCCAAUACACUUACACUCCUACUAAUCGUAUACAGGCGAGACAGUCAAUACGCUUACACAGCUACUAAACCUAAAAAGACGGAAGAGUCAAUACGCUUACACAACCACUAAACCUAAAAAGGCGGGACAGUCAAUACACUUACACACCUACUAAACUUAAAAAGGCGGGGCAGCCAAUACACUUAGACUCCUAAUAAACCUACAUAUACAGCAUGACACAUAGUAAUCUACUAAAUCGAAAUAGACAGUGCGCUCCAUACUCUUGCAAGCCAACCUACCUCAAAUAGACAGAGCACUGCAUUAAUGAAGAAGUCUACUAAACUUAAAUAUACCCCGCGGUACAUGUAGUUAUAUGUCUAUUAAACCUAAAUAGUCCGGAUAGUGUAAACACUUCCCCGCCUACUAAACCUGAACAGACAUGACAGUCAAUAAUCUUACACAACCAGGAAACCUGAACAGACAUGACAGUCAAUACUCUCACACAACCAGGAAACCUGAACAGACAUGACAGUCAAUACUCUUACACAACAAGGAAACCUGAACAGACACAACAGUCAAUAAUCUUACACAACCAGGAAACCUGAACAGACAUGACAGUCAAUAAUCUUACACAACCAGGAAACCUGAACAAAUAUAACAGUCAAUAAUCUUACAAACAACAUCGUAUUUCUACUAUUCCCAAUAAGUAAACAUGACUAUCCAACUGAGGUGAAUGUUGAACCAAAUAGCUUUCUCACUUAAAUACAAUGAUUAGAUGUAAUCCUAUAUCAUUGAAUAUACUACUUCUUCUGCAGCAAUAGCUUUCUCACUUAAAUACAAUGAUUAGAUGUAAUCCUAUAUCAUUGAAUAUACUACUUCUUCUGCAGCAAUAGCUUUCUCACUUAAAUACAAGGAUUAUAUGUAAUCCUAUAUCAUUGAAUAUACUACUUCUUCUGCAGCAAUAGCUUUCAAAGAUGUAAAAUCGACGUGUUUCACAGACAGAGGUGGUAUUCUCAUCAUUUUGGAUGUGACUAUUGAUUCCAACUUUCCAAUAACGUCGAUACAACUUGUUAAGUCUGUAGAUCAAGGACAGUAUUCUGUAAUGGCAUACGUUGUUCCAAGGAAGAGGAAGAUAUGCAUCGUGGAUUUCUGCUGUUACUUGGAUUCCCAUGUUAUGUACAGGAUAGAGGUGGGUAAUGCUUUUGGGAUAUCGUCAACGGAACCGAUCCAUAUUAACCUGCUGCAAGAUUUGAAUUGUUUACCUCCUGGAAUGAAUAUCUUCUUUGAAAUUGACUCCUGUUCCAUUCCACUACCACCGAAACGAAUAUUUGACGAUCCAACAUACAUGGACAAAACUCUGAUCCGAACACCUAUAGUCCGCGAGAACGGACCAUCGAGGAGAAGAAGAAAACGAAAGAGAAGAUAGGAAAAGUUUCAUUUUAUUAUCUGAAAUUUGUUUUUAGUUUGCAUGAAUGUUUGGGCAGUAGACAUAUAUAAUUAUCAAACAGAAUUUCUAGAAUUUUGUUUUAUAUCGGUUAUGGGUUGUCAAGGACAAAAGUUAAGGUAGUGUGACUGAGGACUGAUGUACUUAUACAUGAUAGAGAGGGAGUCUCUAGAGGUAGGAUAGACAGGGGAUGUUUACUACUCCUAGGCACCUGAUCCCACCUCUCUGGUGUGUCCAGGGGUAUUUUGUAUUGCUUGUAGGAGUUAUGACAUCGAUCAUUGUUCGUUAGCUUCACCUUUCUUUUGGUGAAUGCUGUAAAAUGGGUGAACGUAGAGACCGGCUUGUUAUCAGAAUCGGUUGGAUAAUGGUGUUCAGUUUACUAUAUUAAUUGUAAUUGGACAAUAAUAUCAUAGCUUAACGUGUUACAGGUACUUCAUAUCCACUUUUUUGGCACGCUGGUUUUGGGUAUAUUUAGCUCUAAAACUUCAUAGUUAUUUCGGAUUUCAAACAUUUCGGUUGAGCAUCACUGAAGAGACAUUAUUUGUCGAAAUGCGCAUAUGGUGCAUCAAGAUUGGUACCGUAUAAGUUUUACAUUAUGACCCCUGGGUCGAGGCCUCUGCUGGUGGACUGUUAGUCCCCGAGGGUCUCUACAGCCCAGUAGCUAAGUACUUCGUUACUAGCUUGAAAAUACGGAUGUAUAUUUAAUUGCUGUUAUAAAAUUUAGAACUUCAUUUCAAAAUUAAGUAUUAUCUCCCUCAUGCAUAGCUCUUUUCUAUGGACGAAUUUGGCUCCACUUUUAUGGCACGUUGGUUUUGGCUAUAUUUAGCUCUAAAACUUAAUAGUUAUUUCGGAUUUCAAACAUUUCGGUUUAGCAUCACUGAAGAGACAUUAUUUGUCGAAAUGCGCAUAUGGUGCAUCAAAAUUGGUACCGUAUUAGUUUUACAUCAGCCCGGGUUAUGGAUGAGAAUUCUUGAAAACCAUGCUGUCAGUUCCUUAAACUUAGCAUUACAAACAUACAUUAUAUUUCUUAACUGUAGGCCAUUUUAUACAUAAUCCACCCCCGCGCUAUUCUUCUUGUAGUUAUAACUCAGCUGGAUACGCCAUUACUGAUGAUAUCAAAGUGUCUGAAAAUAAAGACCCGAUAUCACUUUUUAGAAAUUCAGAGUACCCCGAUCUUCCCUUUGGCAACAAAACUUCUGUUGAAGACCAUGCUAGACGAUAGGGGUAAAAUGAUAAUAAAUAGGAAUUUCUGUUGAAAACCAUGCCAGAGGAUAGGGGUAAAAUAAUAAUAAAUCGGAAUUUCUGUUGAAGACCAUGCCAGACGAUAGGGGUAAAAUAAUAAUAAAUAGGAAUUUGAUACACUGUCAAAGUAGAUAAAAUUAUGAGAGGUGAAGACAACGAACAGCGACCAAUCUCAAAAUUCACAUAAAGAAUACAAAAUUAAGAGUAGGGCAAACACUGACCCCUGGACAGGUACAUGGGGGAGUAAACAUCCACUGUCGACUGGCCACACCCACCGUGAGGCCUAUAUCUUGAUUAGGCAAACGGAGUAAUCCAUAGUUAAAGUCACUGUGUAAAUAUGUGUAUUAGAGUUUUAUUAAAACUCCGUAUUAGUAUCAUCAAACAGAUGUACGUACCGUAUAUCCUCCUGUGUUUAGUAAACCAUCAAUAAUAAAAUAAUAUCUUUUAGAGCUAGCUGACAAGGCUUGUAACAAUCUUGUCUAUGUGUGCAAGUUUUGCUAUUACAAUUGUUUUUAAACAACCUGGACUUUAAUUCCACAUCUGGUAUUGUUUAUAUCCGACAUUACUUUUCAACAUAUGAAAUAUGUCAAUACUACACUUCCGUUGGAGUACCUGUAAAGUGCGAAACAAAAUCGAAACGAAAUCUACUGAAACGAAACGAAACCCACGAAUUGAAACCUAACGAAGCGAAACAUUGUAUAACCGAACUAUUUUAAUUAUAAUGAUUAAAAAUGGUAUCUUGGGCCCCUGUAAAAGUUACCACAUAUAUAUAAGAUUCGCCUCCCCUUUGAUGUAGGUUUUCGGCUUGACUGAUACAAAGUUUUAAAAGUUGGAAAGGGGAGGGGGGUGAGUAAGCACAAAGUUUAUAUCCUAGGUUGAUUGAAUACCAUGUGGAAUUAGUUUCGGAUCCAUACAUUUCAGAACGGAGGGUUGCAGUCUCACAGGUCAGAACUUUGGAGAAACACACCAAACGAGGGGUGGGGUUGUCGGCGUUGGAUCCAUCUUUGGGCAUAAAUUCAUGUUUCAGUAUUUUUUGCUCUAAAGACAAAUCUAUGUAUACAAUCUAUAUAGGACCUAUAUUCUUAAAGGUUCUAAAUACAGGGAACCUCGGUCUUUUAAUUGGCGACAGAACUUCAUCUCUAUUAUGAGUUCUGUCGAAGAUUAUGCCAGACGAUGGGCUAAAUAUGAAAAAGAAGAACUUGAUACAUUGUCAGAAUGGGUUAAAAGCAUAAGAGGGAUAUUAAAAUCCCGCAUUAGACACAUGAAAACAAAAGUACGUACCAGCUAUCCUUCUCUGUUUAGUAAACCAGAAGUGAUAAAAGAAUUAGAUAGGUUACAUGAGGAAUAUAUUUUGGUUCCAGCUGACAAAACUAGUAACAACAUUGUAUUUGUUUGUAAGGCUCAUUAUUACAACUGUAUUUUAAACGAACUUGGCAUUAAUUCCACUUUUGAUAAUCAUACUUAUACUCCAACUGCCCUUUCAAAAGACGAAAUUCUUCAAAACCAUGCUUCAGUUUUAGACACAUUUAAUAUUCCAGUCAAUGGGUCGAAUGAAUAUGAGUUACCGUACCUAUACUGGAUUCCUAAACUACAUAAAAACCCUUACAAACAACGAUACAUUGCUGGAUCCAGUAAGUGCUCUACCAAGCCCCUAUCUUUGCUCCUCUCGAAAAUGUUAACAGCUGUGAAGGAGAAACUUCAAACUUACUGUGCGACUACAUAUGCCAGAAGUGGUGUUAAUCAAAUGUGGAUUCUAAAAAAUUCUAAAGAACUUUUAGUAAACUUGAAAUCACAGAAUUUUUCCCAAAUCAAUAGCAUUAAAACCUAUGACUUUUCAACACUAUACACGACCAUUCCUCCCAAUAAAUUAAAUACUAGACUUUUUGACAUCAUAGGCACUUGCUUCUUCAACAAAAACGGAAAACGGAAAUAUUCAUAUAUAGUGAUCAGUCAUUCAAAAACUGACUUUGUUAAACACCAUUCUGAUUCCACGCACAAGUACUCUGAAGUUGAAAUAAAAAAUAUGCUAGAGUUCCUCAUUGACAAUAUCUUCGUGGUCUUUGGUGAUCAGGUCUUCCAACAGUCUGUUUGGAAUCCCCAUGGACACGAAUUGUGCUCCUUUGUUAGCUGACCUGUUUUUAUAUUCAUAUGAAGCAGAAUUUAUUCAAAAACUUCUACGUGAGAAGAAAAAAUCUCUCGCUGUGACCUUAAAUUCGACUUUUAGAUAUAUCGAUGACGUUUUGUCUAUUAACAAUGAUAGCUUUCAUUCAUAUGUCGAUUUGAUAUAUCCAUGUGAGCUCAAAAUAAAGGACACCACAGAGUCGUCCACUUCUGCUUCAUGCUUAGAUAUUUUAUUGAAAGUAGACAUUAACGGCAAACUAACAACUCAACUGUAUGACAAACGGGAUGAUUGCAGUUUCUCCAUUGUUAACUUCCCACAUUUAUGUAGCAAUAUUCAAUUAUCACCUGCAUAUGGUGUUUAUAUAUGUAAAACUUAUACGGUACUAAUUUUGUUCCACCAACUGAUUCGAUAUGCAAGAGCUUGUUCUGGGUAUAGUCAGUUUUUAAAUCGAGGUAAGCUACUGACAAACAAGUUGAUUGUACAGGGAUUUCAACAGUCUCGAUUGAAGUCAGCAUUUCGCAAAUUAUAUGGUCGUUAUAACGAUCUAGUUCGUCAACACAACCUCGCAUUGGGUCAAAUGCUGUCUGACGUGUUUCAUACCGAUUGUUAGGCCGUUCUUGGCACACUGAUUUUGACUGCGGAUACCUCCGUUUACCUGAUCAGGAUAUGGGGCUCACGGCGGGUGUGAUCGGUCAACAGGGGAUGCUUACUCCUCCUAGGCACCUGAUCCCACCUCUGGUGUGUCCAGGGGUCCGUGUUUGCCCAACUAUCUAUUUUGUAUUGCUUGUAGGAGUUAUGAGAUUGAUCACUGUUCGUUAUCUUCAUCUUGCAUACAUGUGGAUAUUGUGUAUCUGUAUGCAGUAUAUCAAACGGUGGAUUCUUAGUGUGUCUUUCCGUUCUCGGUUCUCUGUUCAUAAGUCAUUUGAGUUUACAAAAUGUUCACCUCCUGAUAUCAUUGUGUAAUGUCACAACAUUGAGUUGUCUUUCUUUGUACGUUAUAGUCAAGGCAUGUAUUUUCCGGACUGAGUUCGUUGCCUAUUUUGACUUUUAGUAACUGUUUCCGCCCAACUGAAGAAUCACCGCAUGGCGGUUUUAGUAAAUAGAGGUGCCUUUUCACCAUUUUUGCACAACUUAGCCCCGCAUAGAGUAAGUUUCUCGUGUUUUUUUUGUUUAUCUUAGGUUUAAACAAUUUUCAUGUUGCUCUUUUAUUGCUUUCACAAAAUAGGAAUCAUGAUGUUUACAUGUUCGUUGAUCUGAUAUAUGUAUGGUAACUCACAAGUGUCAUGGUUAGGUUAUCACAUGUUUAUGUCUGUUGCACUUGUUAUACUUAUGUGCUAUGUCAUGAUAUCAGUAUCUAAUUUUCCAUAUUUAGUCAUUUCGGCAGCAUAAGCCACAUUUUAUCUAACAUUGUCAAUGUGUAGUACAUUAUGUUACAUUUUCCUGCUCAAAUACCAGUACAUCAGUCUAGAUGUGAACUCUAAACUUAGACUUAUUGAUGUUCAAUAAUUUUCUCUCUUGUACCUUCAAACUGGGUUUAUAGAAUUCAUGACAAGGUGUAUGAUUUUUUCAUUGACAUUGUAUUCAGAAAUUGUUUAUU